AAAUUCGAUCAUGUGAGGAAGCCCGGCGGCCGUUAGUGGGAGAAGAUGGAGCGAGAUGGGUUUUAUCCGAUAUUUUGCUAAUUUUGUCAUCGAUGAAACACUUUAUCUCAAUACAAUUUUCUGUUAUAAAAACUAGAAUAUUUUACGAACAGAGUGGACUAAGUUUUUGUAGACAUUACCCUUUGCCAAAGUUUUUUUUUUUAAACUGCGUUGUUUACAAGGUGUGAAAGGGCGAAUUGCGUUAUUGCACACGUGCCUUUCACAUAGUAGGCGUUCCCUAACGGAAAUAUGCUAAGUAAUGCUCGAACGCACCAAUAGGAUCUAGCUAUCCCGGUACUUGGCCCCUCCCACUAUGAUUCGAUUUCUACCAUCGGAAACGAGAGGCUGUGGCUUAUCUUGGGUCAGUUAUAAACCAACUUCACAGUGACAUUUUUAGCAGCUUGCUUCCUGGUUAUUAUAUAUACAUAUAUAUAUAUUUUUUAAACCUUUUGUCGUGGUCUUACUGUGACUAUCACAGGGACUAGUUGUGAAAUCACUCCACUGAUAUCUCCAGUUAGUUUAUACAAGUCAGAAAAUAGCCCACUGUGAUUUUCUUUGGAUAAUACUGUGCAGAUGCCACCACUUGCAAGGGCGAGUGGCAAAGGGAUGAAAAGAAGGCCCAAACUAGACUGGCGUUUUGUCCAGAGAUUCUGCAGCAUCCAGAGGGUUCUCUUCCCAUCAUGGUCCAGUCAGAACGUACUGAUGUUGGGGACGUUGGUGGGAGUCACACUCACAGAACAGAUGAUCAUUUACCAAGUGGGAGUCAUCCCCAGUCAGUUCUAUGAGGCCCUGUCUGACAAGGACUAUGGUGCGUUCAAGAACCUCGCAGGGUUGGCCUUCCUGCUUAUACUGCUCAACUCCACAUUGAAGAGUGUGGACCAGUAUAUCUGCAGUCUGAUGUCUGUGAGUUGGAGGAAGUCUUUAACAGAGAGUCUACACAGAGCUUACUUCCAGGGGAACGUUUACUACACACUCAACGUGCUCAGAGAGGACAUUGAUAACCCAGACCAGCGAAUCAGUCAGGACACAGAGAGGUUAUGUAAACAGAUGAGCACCAUGGUCAGCAGAUUGAUCAUCUCUCCAUUCACCUUGGUCUACUACACCUACCAAUGUUUCUACAGCACUGGCUGGAUCGGUCCUGUUAGUAUCUUUGGCUACUUCAUAGUGGGAACUAUCACCAAUAAAAUCCUCAUGGGGCCAAUUGUGUCGACUCUGUUUGAACAGGAGAAACUGGAGGGAGACUUCAGGUUCAAGCACAUGCAAAUCCGGUCCAACGCAGAGUCUGCCGCUUUCUACAGAGCUGGCAAAGUGGAACACAUGAGGACAGACAGGAGACUGCAGACGCUGCUGCGCUGCCAGAAGAGUCUGAUGAACAAAGAACUCUGGCUGUACAUUGGAGUGAACACCUUUGACUACCUGGGUGGUAUCCUCAGCUACAUCAUUAUCUCCAUCCCCAUCUUUUCGGGUGUUUAUAACAACCUCAGUCCAGGGGAGCUCAGUGCCCUCAUCAGUAAGAAUGCCUUUGUAUGUAUCUACUUGAUAAGCUGCUUCAGUCAGCUAAUAGACCUGUCCACCACUCUGUCAGACGUGGCUGGAUACACCCACAGGAUAGGAGAGCUGAGGGAAGUAAUGGAUGAUAUCUUGAGGACACGUUGUGACUACGACCCUGCAUCAGGAGAUUCCUACGACUUUGACAGUGACAAGGUCCACAGUGGUCCAGUAGAUACAGCCUUCAUCCUGGACUGUGUGUCCUACAAGAGUCCCUUCUCUGAGCAGCUGCUGGUUGAAGAGCUGAGUAUCAAGAUCAGCCAGGGCUCCAAUCUGCUGGUGGUGGGAAAUACAGGCACUGGGAAGACCUCCCUACUGAGGGUCCUGAACCGCCUGUGGGAGGCCGACAGCGGCUAUGUCCAGAUGACGACGUGUUUCGGUCCCAGGGGAAUCCUCUUUCUGCCUCAGAAACCCUACCUGACAGACGGAACACUCAGAGAACAGGUGAUCUACCCUCUGAAGGAGAUCUACCCUGUAUCAGGGUCAGUGGACGAUGAGAGAAUCAUACAGUACCUGGAACUAGCUGGAGUGUCUAGUCUCCUGAAGAGGACAGGAGGACUGGAUGAGCCUGUAGACUGGAACUGGUAAGGAACAAACAAAUGUGGUCUUG